AGGCUGGACAGGGCUUGGAGCAACCUGGGAUAGUGGGAGGUAUCCCUGUCCAUGGCUGAGGUUUGGGAUGAGAGGAACUUUGGAGUCCCUUCCAAUCCAAGCCAUUCUGGGAUUCUGUGAGAGUAAAUCCAGAGCCAGACAGGCUCAGGAUGUGAGAGCACUCGGGAGCAAUGUGUGUACUUGUGGUGGUUUCUGACUGUCAUUUGGCCUCUUGGGAGGUGACUGGAAGGGACAUUUAGUUGGACCUGGUACUGGAAUUUCUGCUUAGACUGUAAGUUGUUGGGUGUAUGUGUGUGUAGAAGGUUAGAUCGCAGAAUCCCAGAAUGGUUUGGGUUGGAAGAAACCUCAAAGGCCAUCUCUUUCCAACCCUUUCCAUGGACAGGGACAUCCUCCACUAGACCAGUUUGCUCAGAGUCUGUUUGGGGUUUGUAUUUCUUUUUGUUUGUUUUUUUAGGGAAUGCUAAGUGAUACAACUGUAGAAGGGGUGUUUUUCUGGAAUAGGGAGGACACCAGAACUAGAGGUUUUCAGUGCCUGAGCACCAUUAUCAAAACACAGAGGGUUUUACAAGCCCCAUUCCUUCCCAUGCUUUUUUUUAUUCCAUAUGGAGGGGAGUGGUUUUGGAGGCAAGUGUCUGGGCUCUGGUCCCCCAUUUGGAACUUCUGAUCCCUCUGUCACUUCUAGUAACAUUGCAUUGCUAAAACUUCCCAGCUUUUUCAUUCUCAAAGGAAAAAGGCAGAGACCUGAGGGUAAUGUAAAUCUCUCUGAAUGGAGGCACUAUUCCUUGUUUUAUGGAGACUUUUGUUAAGGGGCAAAUGACCCAGCUUUGUGAACUGAUCAAUAAAAGUGGAGAGCUGCUAGCAAAAAAUCUUUCUCAUCUGGAUACAGUGCUUGGUGCCCUGGAUGUACAGGAACACUCACUAGGUGUUCUUGCUGUCUUGUUUGUGAAGUUUUCUAUGCCCAGCAUCCCUGACUUCGAAACGUUAUUCUCACAGGUGCAGCUUUUUAUCAGCACUUGCAAUGGAGAACACAUUAGAUAUGCAACAGACACUUUUGCUGGCCUGUGCCACCAGUUAACAAAUGCCCUUGUGGAGAGAAAACAGCCCCUGCGAGGAAUUAGCAUUCUCAGACAAGCCAUAGACAAGAUGCAGAUGAACACAAACCAGCUGACCUCAAUACAUGCAGAUCUCUGCCAGCUCUGUUUGUUAGCAAAAUGCUUUAAACCUGCCCUCCCGUAUCUAGAUGUGGACAUGAUGGAUAUUUGUAAAGAGAAUGGGGCAUAUGAUGCGAAGCACUUUUUAUGUUACUACUACUAUGGUGGGAUGAUAUACACUGGGCUAAAGAACUUUGAAAGAGCACUCUACUUUUAUGAACAGGCAAUAACUACUCCAGCAAUGGCAGUCAGUCAUAUUAUGUUGGAAUCAUAUAAAAAGUAUAUUCUAGUUUCUUUGAUACUACUUGGUAAAGUUCAGCAGCUACCAAAAUACACUUCCCAGAUAGUUGGUAGAUUCAUUAAGCCUCUUAGCAAUGCUUACCAUGAAUUAGCGCAAGUUUAUUCAACCAAUAAACCCUCGGAGCUUCGAAAUCUGGUGAACAAACACAGUGAAACUUUCACAAGAGAUAACAAUAUGGGGCUGGUUAAGCAAUGCUUGUCAUCCCUCUACAAAAAGAAUAUUCAGAGGCUAACCAAGACAUUUUUAACAUUGUCAUUACAAGACAUGGCAAGUCGAGUGCAGCUGUCGGGGCCCCAAGAAGCAGAAAAAUACGUCCUCCACAUGAUAGAAGAUGGUGAAAUCUUUGCAAGUAUUAAUCAGAAAGAUGGUAUGGUCUGUUUCCAUGAUAAUCCUGAAAAAUAUAACAAUCCAGCUAUGCUUCAUAACAUUGAUCAGGAGAUGCUGAAAUGUAUAGAGCUCGAUGAACGACUGAAAGCCAUGGAUCAAGAGAUCACUGUGAACCCUCAGUUUGUGCAGAAGAGUAUGGGCUCUCAAGAAGAUGACUCAGGGACCAAACCAUCCAGUUAUUCUUGAAAUUAAUGUUGCUCACCACUCCGCUUUCAAGUAAAAGCUUAUGAAAGAAUCACGCCUGGAACAGGGCAUUGAGGAGUUCCACGAAGAGAGCAGAGAGAACUGAGCUUUGCUUUUCACCUGGACAUUAAGAAAAUAAAACACCCUCUCAGUACUGUAUAAUAUCAGAAAUAUUCUCUGCAAAGAAAAAGGAAAUCUCAAAAGAAACUUGAAAGUCUGUUGUGGAUUUAUUUAUCUUCAGAUUAACAUUGUUAAUGCAUUAAAUAAUCUACCUUUUGUUUUAAAGGGUUUGAAUGUUGCCGUGUUUCUGUAGCAGUCCUCUUCUGCGAAACAAGAAGUGUUAUUCAGGGAAGAAUACAAACAAGUGUUGGUUCACUUAUAAGAUAA